UCCCCGUAUCGGCGUCGACGCCGUUGUUACACGUACCUGAAAAAGCUCUCAGUUACGUCGCGACGCUCGUCAUGAGGAGGUCACAUGACUCGGCCACAAGUCGAUAUAAAUCAAAUAAUGAUGGAUGUGUUUUUGUGAGCGGCGGCUGAAAAAUUUCAAGCUUUGCAAGUAAGGAAAAAAAUACUUUGGGGAUUUUGACACGUGUGACAGCCGGGGGAAAAAAUGCGAAGGCGGAAACAUUCCGGAUUCUUCCAGUGACCGAAUCCGGGAAAGCGACGCCGCCAUGUUAGGGGCAACACCGGAUUUCACGUGCAGCUAAUAUGUUCUUAUUGGCUGCCGUCUCAUUCUUACUAAGUGCCGGAUUAGCAGGUUCGAUGCCCGGUGGUCCCGGGGUUCCCGAGAACAUCACCGUAACUUUCCUCAAUCCGACUUCCGUGAAGGUUUCUUGGUCGACAUCCGUCGUAAAUGUGGACAAAUACGACGUCACUUAUAAACCGACAGAUGCCAGUUACAGAGUGGUGGCGGUGGUUGCGGGAAAUUCGGACGCUGUGACUUUAAGUGGAUUAAAAGCGGACACUCAGUAUCAAUUGACUGUGGCCGCCGUUUGGGGUCGCAAAAGAUACAGAAGUAGGCCAAUCGUCUUCCGCACAUUGGAGCUCAUGUGUGUUCCAGAGCCACCGCGCUCGUCCCCACAACAGGACCCCAUGGCGACGCUUCCCACCGACUCCCCGGCGACGAGGGACGACGCUGAGGCCGUCGAUAUGCCCGACUACACCUACCCGCAAACCAGCUCCACGGUGCGAGGGGUCGAGAUAGGCAUCGUCCUCUUGGUGCUGCUCGUCUGGGUGGCGGCGAUAGCUUUGUUCUUCAAUCGAUGGGGCAAAAUCCGUAUGCUGCUUCCCUAUCAGCCGGAUUACAAGCAGGAGCAGCUCAAGGUGCCGGGGACGGCGGCUUGUGCGGCGGCGGUGGCAUCGGGCAACACCUGCACACAUCAUUCCGGCGAUCAUCUCUGCCAGCAGUGCGAAGAAACGGAAGAAGCCACAAUUAUGGCUUCGGUUCCAAUUAAAGACAUCGCUGAUAAUCCGUGUCCUCCUGCGCCUCGUAAACACCGUCCCCGCAUAAACUCGGCCAUUUUCGUAUCGAACAGCGGUCCAGGUCUGGAUACGAGGGAGUUUUUCAGGCGUCACGGCUCCGUCUCCCGUCUGUGUAGAAAGGCCCGCAGCGUCGACAACAUCUCCUUGGAGGAGAACCAUUUCGGUCUGCCGACUUUGUCGGUGUCGGGGCCGUCGCCGCCCGAAGACGACGACAGAGACGAUAUUCAAGAGACUCAACGAUUUUUGGAGUAAUAGUAAAAUAAGGGAGUGAGUUUUGGUGUGCCAAUGCAGUGACGCUCUUUGAAUGGUGUUAGUCUAAUUAUAUUUAGAACUUUGCCAUUAGGUUUAGUGUCGAUACUGUACUGACAACUACGAGCUUUGUACGAACAUUGACCUUCGUAUUCAAUUACAUAUCGGGAGAGAGAUUUGAUUUCAGGAAAUGUUGUUGUUUUUGAAUUUUUUUUAGAUACGGGACCAAAGUCGAUAAACAAGAGCUUUAAAUUGUGGGCCAGGGAACGGGGGGAGGUGUUCGUGCAAUUUCUACAAUUUUUCUAUAGCUUUAAAUACUCUAGGGAUUAGUUACGAGGUCCAACACUGCUAUUUUCAAGCCCUGAGUUUAUCAAAUGCGCACGGAAGUCUUGAAAUGUUGACAAUUAUAAAAAAAAUGUAAAUUGAGCGACAAAAUAAUUUUAUUAAAACUGAAAAUAGUUUGAUACAUAAUUUUUAAAUUGAUUUAAAAUUUUACACUUUUUGGUUUUUGAGUAGUGACGUCAUCGACACUUUUUUAAAUGGAAACCCCAAAUUUUAGCCAAUUUGAUAAAUCUCUUAAUUGUCAAAAUGACACCAAAAUAUUAAAUAGUUUUCCAAAAAAAAUAGCAAAAAAGUGGAACAAUAUCAACAAAAACAAACAUACAAUUUUGAAUCUUAUUAAAACUGAAAAUAUUUUGAUACAUAAUUUUCAAGUUGAUUUCAAAUUUUAAACCUUUUGGGUUUUCAGUAGUGAGGUCAUCGACAUUUUUUAAAUGGAAACCUCUAAUUUUGUUAGCCAAUUUGAUAAACCUUUUAAUUGUCGAAAUGACAAAUAUAAAUAAAUAUAAAUAUAAAAAUAAAUGACAAAUAUAAUAAAUAGUUUUCCAAAAAAAAUUAGCAGAAAAGUGGAAUAAUAUCAACAAAA